GGAAAAAUAAAAAGGAAAAAAAAAAACGCUCUCCAAGCUCCACCACAAGCUGCUUAGGGUCCUCUGGUGUGCCUUUGGUAGCAAUUCCCUGCAGGCAGUAGAAGACUUAGAGGCAGCAGGCAGAGCCAAGACAUGGAGUGCAAGAUGAGGUUGGCUACAAACCUCGCCCGCUUUGAACUGCAGAAGCUUGGCUUGAUGGCAAUUGUCGGGUGCUUUCUCCUCCUCUCACCCACCAUUCUCGCAAUGACCAAGCCUUGUAUGGAUUCUUUCUCCAACUGGAUCAAGAACAUGACCCUGGAGGAGGACCCUGCAUGCCAUGAACAAGAAAUGAGUUCAUGUCGGAGGGGUAUGAAUGCAUCUCAGGAAGAAGAUCUCGCCGGCGACAAGCAACGUGAUGCAAGGAGGAAUGAUUCCAAGCUGCAGAGCAGGUCAAUAUGUGAUGUUUCAGGUCCAAGGUCAAUUGUUUGUGAAAUGGAUGGUGAUGUAAGGAUUCAUGGGAAUUCUUCCUCAGUUAUGUGGAUCACUUCCUCUAGUACUAAUCAAAGAAAUGAAACAUGGCAAAUCAAACCUUAUGCUAGGAAAGGAGACAGCACAGCAUUGUGCAGCGUGCGGGAAUUGUCUUUAAGAUCGAUGAGUACUCGUGAUGAAGCCCCUCAUUGUACUUUCAAUCACAGUAUUCCUGCUAUCAUCUUCUCGACCGGUGGGUACGCCGGGAACAUGUUCCAUGACUUCUCCGACAUGUUGAUCCCUCUGUUCCUAACUUCUCACCAAUACCAUGGAGAGGUUCGAUUUCUUAUAACAAACAUGAAGCCUUGGUGGAUAAAGAAGUAUCAACAAAUGCUAAGUCAUCUCUCACACUAUGAAAUCAUUGAUUUUGAUAAUGGUGGUGAAGUCCAUUGCUUUCCGCAUGUGAUCGUCGGUCUUCGAUGUCACAUGGAGUUCAACAUCGAUCACUCAAGACCUCCGACCGGGUAUUCCAUGGCCAACUUGACACAAUUCAUGAGGAGCUCUUACUCUUUGGAGAGGGAGAUGAUGAGCAAGGUCAGGGAACACUCUGAAAGGAAACCAAAGCUACUGAUCAUAUCAAGGAAGUGGACACGGUCAUUGACCAACACCAAUCAGAUAGUUGGAAUGGCUAAAGAACUGGGCUAUGAAGUUGUCGUCAUGGAGCCAAGCUUAGGGAUGGACAUGGCUCAAUUUGCUCGGAUAGUGAACUCCUGUGACGUGAUGAUGGGCGUUCAUGGGGCUGGCCUUGCUAAUAUGGUCUUCCUUCCAUCGAAUGCUGUUCUGAUACAAAUUGUUCCAUGGGGACAGUUGGGAGGAAUUGCUAGGUAUGACUUCGGGUGGGCUGCCUCUAAUGCUGGACUCAAGUAUUUGCAGUACGAGAUCAGUCUAGAGGAGAGCUCACUAUUGGAGCAGUAUCCUCGUGAUCACCCCAUCAUUAAGGACCCCCUCUCGGUCCACAAACGGGGAUGGGUUGCUGUUAGGGAUACGUUCUUGUACAGGCAGAACAUAAGGCUUGAUGUAAGGAGGUUUAGAGAUGUUCUAUUAGAAGCUCUUAGCCAUAUCCAUCAAUAAGACUACGGAAGCUAUUUAAAGGUUGACAAUUUCGCAUCUUUUUAUUUUGCUUUUUUAGAAACAGGCAAUCAUGAAUCUUUUUAGUUUUCGCCUUUCACCAUAUUGUUUUCAGAAACUAGUUCAUGUGUGUAAUAGA